CAUCCCGCGGGGCCCCCUUCGCAGCCGCUUGGCGGGGCGGGCGCUGGAGGGGCGCCCCCGCCGCCGGAGCAGCGCGGGGGGCAUGCGGGCGGCGGGGCGGCUCCGCGGGGGCUGAGCGGCUGCCGGCGGAGGCGAUGCCUCGGGGCGCCGCCUCUCGCUGAGCGGCGGGGCAGGCGCUGCCCGCGGAUGCGCGUGCAUGAGCGCGGCUCCGGGCGGGCGCAGGAAGCGCCCCCGCGCCGGCGGCAGCCUCGCGCCCGGCCCCGACAGCGCCUGCCGGGCGCUCCGAGCCCUGGACGACUGCAAGAUGCUUGUCCAGGAGUUCAAUACCCAGGUGGCUCUGUAUCGGGAGCUGGUAAUUUCCAUUGGGGAUGUCUCAGUGACCUGUCCAUCUCUGCAUGCAGAAAUGCACAGAACUCGAACCCGGGGAUGUGAAAUGGCCUAUCAGGCUCAUCAAAAACUAGCAGCAAUUUCUGGCCCAGAAGAUGGUGAAAUUCAUCCUGAAAUCUGUAGACUAUACAUCCAGUUGCAGUGUUGCUUAGAAAUGUACACAACAGAAAUGCUUAAGUCCAUAUGUCUGCUAGGAUCACUGCAGUUUCAUCGAAAAGGAAAAGAACCUUGCGCCCCACCCAAGAUCCUAGAUACUAAAGGGGAGGAGAGUUCUGAAGUACCUAUUUUAGAAGACACAUCAUCAUCACCAACAGAUACUCAACAGCAUUUAUGGCAAGUUUCCACGGAUAUUGACAACACUGAAAGGGAUAUGAAAGAAAUGAAAAACCUUUUAAGUAAACUCAGGGAGACUAUGCCUUUACCACUGAAAAAUCAAGAUGAUAGCAGCCUCCUAAACUUGACUCCAUAUCCACUGGUAAGACGACGGAAGCGAAGAUUCUUUGGGCUGUGUUGUCUUGUCUCGAGUUAGAAGUACAGAAGCAUCGAGAAAAUCAUAACUUUGAUUAAACCGCUAUUAUUUGAGCACCGAAAAGACGAACAUUGCUACUCUUGGUUAUAAAGUACAUUUUCUACACUAGCCUAAUCCUUUCUCUUCUGCUCCAUCCCCCUUUUCAAAGUAAGAGUUUUAAUAGUUUAAAGUUACGGUGGUCAAAAAACAGCUGUGGAAUAACAUAACUAAGAAUGUUUUUAGAACUUUUUAACAUAUGUU